UUCAACUAAAGGCUGACAAACAGGUAGAUGGGGAGAGAGCGAGAGAAAGAGAAAGAGAGAGCAGAGGGCAGUGAGAGAGAGAGAGAAAGAGGGGAUUUGAUUGACAGCCAGAGUGUCCGGAGACUGAGAAGUACAGUAUGAACAUGAAGAGCGUUUAUAUAGUGAGCGCCCGGGGCCCUUGGUGCUCAGCCCAUUAAUAACCCGCGAUAUACAGAAGCAGCGCAGCGGCGCUGAAGAGACUCCGCAGCCGGACAAACUCCCAGACGGAAGACAAUCACUCCUCCUGGAAGCACCAGCAAGCCAUUUUAACUCCCCGAAUCGACAUCUUCACGUACGCUACGGUUAUCUGCUACAGUUUCACUCUUGGCUUCUGUUUUGUUUUCAUCGUUGAGUUUUGCUUUGCGGUAACCUUGCCCACACAGCGGGCGACAAUGCAUUGCCAAGCCGAGUUAAGGCUCUCUUCUCCCGGGCAGCUGAAAGCAGCCAGGCGGCGCUACAAGACUUUUAUGAUUGACGAAAUACUAUCUAAGGAGACCUGCGAUUACUUUGAGAAACUUUCCUUGUAUUCAGUGUGCCCUUCUCUCAUCGUCCGACCCAAACCCCUGCACUCAUGUUCCGGCUCCUCCAUCCGGGGUUACCCGCUCCUGUCUGUCAUCACGCGGCAGCCCCCCAGCGUACCUCACCUGUCCCAGCCCUCGCCCCCGUUCUCCCUGGCCUCCCCUCAGUCGCACGCUGGCGAGCCGCUCUGCAGCGAGACCCCUGUCAGCGUUAGCAGCGAGUCGGAGGCGGAGCACGGCGCCCCCCGGCUGAAGAAACCGCGCAGGAGCCGCACCAUCUUCACCGAGCUGCAGCUCAUGGGCCUGGAGAAGAAGUUCCAGAAGCAGAAGUACCUCUCCACCCCUGACAGGUUGGACCUCGCCCAGUCGCUGGGCCUCACGCAGCUACAGGUCAAGACUUGGUAUCAGAACCGACGCAUGAAGUGGAAGAAAAUAGUCCUCAAAGGGGGACAGGAAGCCCCCACCAAGCCAAAAGGUAGGCCGAAGAAGAACUCCAUCCCCACCACGGAGGAAAUCGAGGCGGAGGAGCGGCUGGCCCGGCUGGUGGAGGAGGAGAAGGCCCACAGGGGCGCAGCGUGCAAGGGGGACGAGCCACACUCGGAGCCCCAGGACCUGAGCGUGGUGGGGGGCACAGAGCCACGUGGCACAGCACCGGCGGGGGAGCGCGUGUCAGAACCGGUACCGUCACUGCAGCCAGACAUGUGCGCGGCGAGUUAAGGGUGCGGACUGGGCCAGACCCGGUUCCCAUGAGCACUUGCUGCCGAGAGCACUGCCAAAGUGACCUGCUGGGGUUCAGACGUCCGGCCAGGUUUGAACACAACGGGCAGGCAGAGGAUGGGGGGAGCAGGAUUUUUACACCUUACAGUACAGUAUUCCUUGCAAAAAACAGAAACCAAAACACUGCACUGCUCCCACAAAGGGAUCAGCUGACCCUCCCAUGCCGGUGUCCUGAAUGCCAUACAGCCUCUUCCUCAGAAGCCCGUCCUUUGUGUUGUGACUCCUCCACAGGAGGAAAGUGUCCCAAGUCCUGGGGCAUCCAACCCCCCCCGCGUUAUGUCAGCUUGUAAAUAUUGCGUGUCUUUAUGCGUCCGUGUGUGUUCAUACACACGGUGCAUUUGUAAAAUCUUUACACUGGCAAAGGUGCCUUUAGGUCGAACGAUUUUUAAAACUUUACGAUACCCUAGCGAGCCAGGAAAAAUAAAGCGUAAUUAAAAUAUUUUAGAAAUUAUACCUUUUAUAUAAUAUUUUGACUUUUUAGUGUGAAGCUCAGUUGUCGGUGCUCUCUUUAAAAACUGAACAGGCAAAGGCACAUGAAAAAUGAAAUGGAACGUGUAACAUCAUGAAUUAUUAAUGCAGUUUCCCCGAGUGCAGCUUCAUACAGCUUUUUCUAUACUGUGUGUUUGACAGUUCUCGUGCCAGUGUUUUAAUGAGACCCUAACAUUAACCAGGAAGUAUCCAGUAAUUCUGAUUUACUGCGUUUCCAUAUUAAUUUCAAUUCAGUAGUAUCUGGCAAAGUACCGAUAUCAGCGGGAGCAGACUGCUGCACGGGCACCUGUACCUGUAAUCAAGUUAUUUUCUAUGGAACAAACUACGUGAUUUAAAAAAUAUGCAUUUGGAAAGUAUUUCAUUUUGAUUCGGCUGAAAGAAAAAGUGUUGCGUUUUCUUUGUGUUGGUUGUUUUGACACUGCACUGAUUGUAUUGCCAAGAGGAAAGAUUCUUAAGCUGUCAGAGACCCAGAAAAGAAUAAAUCUCCCCCCCCCCCUGCCAGUGAAGCAGAGAAACUGCCAAACAUUUGAAAACAUUUUAAAGAUGUUUUCAGCCUUCGGGCCCCGACAUGAGCAUCCAGAUACUUUAAACCCCCUUGUCUGUGAAUGACAGACGGACUCCCAGUAUACACUUCCCUGUAUAAAAAUGUCUCACCCGCUUGCCAGCAAGUCUAUUUUCCGAUUUGGAAACCAUUUCUUUUUCUUUUUUAAAUAUUCCUGUUUGUAAAAAUAAAACAUUUCGGAAAAAGGUCUAUUUUUGUUUCAUAUAAAGCCGUGUAAUAUUUUUCUGAUGUAAAUACUGUGCUUGUUGGGAAAAUUUAAUGACUUGUUUUGGAAUGAACAAUUACAAGUGUUUGCUGAAAAUGUACUAUUUUGUUCCAGAAAGCUAUGAUGUAAUUUCUAUUGUACAUGAGUGACAGUUUGCAUAUUUAAAUACAUUUAAUAAAAUUGCAUAUCAAAAGCCUUUGAAAA